GCGCGCUGUCUCAGUCUGUCUCUGUACGUCUAUGGUCGUUGGUCCGGGGGGUGAAAAGGGAUUAUGUAUCGUUGGUUCAGCUCGUUCUUCGUCGCUGGCGAUUCGUAUUUCGUGUUUCGUGCGAUCCUCGAGCGAGGCACAUCGUAAUGGCCGCGACCUGACUCGGGUUGGCGUGCAGCGAGCAAACACCGUUCGCGUUACGUGAGGUACUAAAAAGUCGAAUCAGCUAGUAAACGGGGAACGAGAAGGCAGAGUUUAGGGUUACACGAUUUUCCCUGUGGUCGCGGGUGCGUGUGUGCGUGUGUGCGUGUAUGUAUAUGUACGUGUGCGGUGGAUAAGGCGUGAACACAGAACACAGGAGUCUCGAGGACACGGCGAGCCAUGAGCGACGACCGAAGCGAGGAGGAUCCCAUAAUGGACCUCUUUUACAGCAAUUGGGAGCAACAGUGCGUCGAGGCGCUAGAAACUGAGCCAGAUUACGAAACCCAACUGCACAACGAGAAAGAACUCUACUCUCAACAGAUGUGGACGAGCUUUCAGUCCACAGCGUCGGCCAUCGCCCAGCUGUACAAAGAUCGGACCCAGGGUGUAUCUCUCUGGCUGCCCUUUCAGAUCGCUGCGGGGACCGUCACAUCGUUGUACAAAGAUUCUGUGGACAGUAUGCGUCGUUGCAGCGAGCUAAGCAUAGAAAUGGGUCGACAGAAGCGUAGCAAAGAAAUAAUGAACUGGGCCAGGAAAAAGAGACGUACGAUUCGUAGGGAAGACCUGUUGGCGUAUCUCGCUGGAAAGUCACCACCGCCACGACCACAUUCGCACAGGAGUUCACCUAAACCGAGGAUGAUGGUGUGCGGUUCUCCUCCCUCUCAGAGUUCAACACCAACUAUGGUGGUGGCACCCACGCCAAUGACUGGGAACGAUCCUGAUCCUGAGUUGCACACAUUUAGGGAAGCGAUCUCAUUGUCUGGUUCGCCAAUGUCUCGGCGUACUGGAAGGCAAGCUGAGUUGUCAGCCUUCAUCAGCAGCGAGUUCGCCAGACAUCACAAACGGCCAGCUUCGCACGACGUGGAUAUGGGAUCCCCCACGCACAAACGUUCGCGUUUCAUGUAACGGCGCGCUACGUGUAAAGCGACCUCGCUCCCUUGUUUCCCCAUUAAUUAAUCGAUUAAUUAUUAACGGUUCAUCCCCCUCCUCCCGCGUAGAUCCCAUUUAAACGAAAUCAUUUGAGAGAAACAGUGGUUUGCAUCGCCACGGAGAACGCUCGUGAGUUCUCGUACUUUAAAUAUCUCGUCGAGUUUCGUAAGUUUUACACAACAGUUCUGAUUUGAAUAAUUGACGUUAAGGCGAUUAACUACGGAGAGUAGCGUAAUAUCAAAUCUACAGUUAUUUGUGGAGGUCGUGGCUCUAUACAUGAAAUUACAAUCCAUAGGAAUCGCUGUUGUUUGCUUUGAAAUUAUUUAUUUAUUUAUCCAAGCAGCGAGACUGAUGCGAACGUGUUACGGAGUACCAUUCAAAGUAAUUAGAGAGGGAGAAUUGUCAUCGUUUUUUGUAUACGGAGAGGUCUGUAUAAAUGAUUAUCGGUUGAUUCACAUGUUGUAUAUCAGGUUACUGCAAAAGUAAUUUCGUUUUCUAUGUGGUAGCUAUCGAAAAAACGAUAUUUAUCGAACAUUCGCAUUUCUAGAUCGUGUAUAACACGAUCAGCUUUAUAUAGAAAUUCAUUGCAAUAUUAAAUGGAAAAAUAGAAAGAAAGGAAAUUACUUUUGCGUCAAGCUGAUGUGCCAUAAUAUGUUGAAAGUUGCGUACGAAUACACAUGAUCACUGUGUAUGUUUGUAUCCAGCAGCUGGUAGCUAAAACACGCGGUAGCCACCUCACGGUAAAUUGUAAACACGUUCGAAUGGUAUAUUUAACAAUGAAACGGUGAUGUAAUAUUUAAUAACUGUAUUAUUCUGUCCACGGUGGUAACUUAAAAAAAAGGGGACAGGGAGGGAAACGUUUGUAAAAUAUUCUUUGAUUCGCCAAAGGAUCGCCUCUGAUUUUAUUAUAAUAAUGUUGUUAUGAUUAUUAAGUGAUCAUAGAUAAUUGAUAUUUUGGAAGAUUUUGGUGAUAACUGGCUAAAGUCUGAGUCGAAGUGAUAUCUGUAGGCUUUCUCGUCGUUUGUUGCACCAGGUGUGUCACGCUAUGCCUCUAUCAUGGUCUCUGUACGGUUUUCGUUAGCUGUAAACGGAAUAGAAAAAGAAUAUGUUGAUAAAUUGUUUGGUUUCUGUAGUCUUAUAAAUUCUCUUCACCGCUCUCAUGAACAAGGGAUUUGCAUUGUUGUACGACUUCUAUAUAUGUAGAGUAACUAUAAAACUGUCUUUUGGAUAAUAUAUAAUGUAUAUGUAUAUAUAAAUUUUAUAUAUAUAUAUAUAUAAAUUAUAUAUAUAUAUAGUUGUUUCUGUAUUCCUUUCGUUUUUGUAAUUUUUAUAUAUCUAUUCUAAUCGUAUUCGCGCGGGUGAAAAAGGGCCGUGGAUGCCUCAAAUAACUGUACAUGUAUAUUUUAAUAAUUAUUUCUAGGCACCGUACCUCGUCCUGCUUCUAUCUGAAUUUCGAAGGUCGACGAAACCUACAAGGAACUUAGAGGAACUUGAAGAAAUUUAUUUAACUCUGAAAUUGGACGUUUUUCUCCUAUCUCCUAGUUCCUGCUUUCCUUCAUUUCGUUCUUCUAAACUCAUUUAGAAGCUGGCUUGUUCGUUUGUUUUCUUCUUCUCGAAAUUGUUAGAGCACUAAGAAAAAAAAGAGUUCAGUUGUAAAUAUAUAACAUACGUUCAUAACGAUGAUAGCUUUAGAGGUAUUGCUAAAUAUUAUUAUCAUUAAUAUUGACUACUAUAGCUUUAAUAAUAUUUAUCGUGUAAUCUCGGCAGUUAAGUGAACUCCAACGAUUGAAUUUACUUUUUCGACGAACUCGAAAGUUCCAUUCCAAGGGAAUUGUAAAAUACGAUGACUGGAGUAACUUUGUACCUUGUGAAAUUUAAAUACACGCUUUUCGAUUCUUU